AAUGUUGAUAAGUCAAGAUUUGGUUUAUGAGGAAAUGAAUGAAUGGAUGACCUAGGAAUGAAAUAAUUUUCUAUUUGUUUCUUUUUAUUUCUUACCUGGUCAUAAUUCCCAUAAGUUAAGCGUCUUUUCGAGUCUUGUGUCCAGCUUGGCUAUUUGCAAACUGUCCUAAAAAGACAUUGCCACAUCACUCACUUGCAAAGACAGACUUAUAAUAAUAUAUCUUGCCCAGUAAUUUAACUAUUUAGAAGUCAUCUAACUUAUACUUCUAUGAGUUUAUAUAACUACUACAUAACAAUAUGGGGUCUUCAUAUAUACGCAAUCUAAAAAAGAUUGCUAUUUCAUUUUUCAUCGUCUCAUCUACUCUCUCCUUUGUAUCUGCCUCAUCCCCUCCCCCGUCCGAGUCUCCCUCGGCGGAAUCCGAUCUCAUCUGUCACACAGACAACCCCGCGGACUGUUACCCCAAGCUCUUUUCCGCCACAAAGGAAUUCCAAGUCGUUCACGAUGACCAGGAUCUUCCGCCGGGCUUGCACGUGCAGCUGGACGUCCAGACGGGGAAGAAGCAAGCCAAACUCUACGAUCCCAAGGAGGAGAACCCGGCUCUCAAAGGCUUACCGGUAGACCGGUCCAUCGUCAUCGUAGACCCCGAGCAAGUCGAAGAUGACAAGCCCCGCAUCCCCUCCGGCGCGCCGGCCUACGACCCCAUAGGCAUAGUCAAGGCGCCGAAGGAGAAAAACGAGGGGUUCGCCCAAACAUUAGGAAUUGUCAAGAAGUACGCUAAGAAGUAUUCCGACGCCGGCGACUACUCCGGCCAAUCUGAUGAGCUUGACGGAGCUCUCGAUGACCUGUUGGACUUGUCUUACGAUAUGUACUACGGGCUGCAGAUCGCCGAGGACGCCGACGUUCUGCACGGCUUGUUCUGUCUCGCUACUAACGUGGCUACCUCACAUCCAGACAAACCCGUAGGGACUCGUCCCGACUUCCUUUCCGCGCAGAUCCUCGCGUCUUCGAUCCGGAAUAAUAAGCCUGCUCUGCAAGCCGUGGAGAAAUCAUGGGACGUCGUCACGAAUAAACAAUGCGUUUCCGCCUCUACUACCACUCUGUCCCUAGCUACUUCCUUCUUCAACAACCUAGCCCCCCUUAGCACCCCAGGCAGCGCUAAUGAGGGCGAGGACUUGUACCGCACGCGACUGGCUCUCAUCCCGCUGGAGCCCCUGCUCAAGAGCCCGAAGAUCAAAACGCGGUUCAUGGAAGCCGACGGCAUGAGUCAUCUCCUCGAGAUCAUGCUGCGCGAGGACGGAAUCUGGCAGGAGCAGAAACCCAAGGUCGCGCGAAUCGUGUCCGACACCUUCCUCGACGAAGAGUUCGGCGCGACGUUGGGUGUCUGGCCGACGGCUGCUAAGGCGACGGAGGAUAGUGUGUGUGCAAAAGGCGGGAAGGAGUCGAGGGAAGAGGGGUGUUGGGAGUACCACUUAGGAAUCAUUAGUCAACAGCCUUCAGACGCGGAGUGGAGUCAGCCAUUACUCGACAUGUUGAAGAAGCGACGGGCGGAGAUACCGAAGCCUGGACGAGACGAGUUAUAAUGAAGCGAAUGGCAUAAAGUACUUGUCAAUCACGUAGAAAGCAUACCAAGGCGUUCAAGGAAUUGGAACAUUGUAAUUUAUUGAAUUUUUUCUUAUCUUAAUCAUUAGGUCACCCUAACGAAUACCCGAGCCUGCAGUU